AUGCAGGGGUCGCAGCUGCUCGACGAGCCCUCACCCCCCAUCGAAAGGCAGCGAACGGGACCCGAGUCGCCCUCUCGUUCUGAGCUCACCCUGGACGCCCUCCUCUCCGCGCUAUCGAUCGACAACGCGGAACCUUCACGUCGCUCGCCGGUGUCGCCCCACGCCGCCACGCCACCACGAGUAAAUUGGAAGAACAAAGGCGAUGAACACCUGCAACCACGGCCACAACCACGGCCGCAGGCGGAACAGCAACACCACCACCAGGCGCAGUACAAAGGACGAUCUCUUCGACUAUCAUCAACCAAGAAGAUCGCGGAGUUGGAGCAGGCCAAAUGUAGAAUUCAAACCGUGUUGCGGGAGAUCGCCCGGGCUGCGCGCAUGACCCACACGUCGGCCAUCACCAACAACGGGGAUCAACUCAAGAUGGGGGUCACACAGAUCGCCAGCGGCGCACAGACGGCUCUCAAAGAGCACGACUACGGACAGUUCGCUUGCUGCAUCCACCUCCUUUGUAAGGUGACCAUCGCCGUCCACCAGCAUACACAAGACGCAGCACAUGCGGCGCUCGACCUGUUGUCGCUCCUCGCGGAAGCCGAGGUGGAGCAGAUGCGGCUGGGCGCGAUGGACCCCGUGGCGGCCAUCGCCCGUCGAGCCCACGUCAGCCUGGCCGCGCAGCUCACCGACCGCCUGGAGCUGCACCUCUCCCGGUGGGUCGUGCUCGUCAACGAGCGCGUGACGCUGGCCUCCUCGCGCUCGUCGUCGUCGCCGUCUCGUUCUUCUUCCGUCUCCACAUCUUUACCAUCAUUUUCGCCACCGCAAUCGCCGCACGCGGCCGAAUCGGACAGCGGCGACGUGCACUACCACAUCGCGUGCUACCUGGGCCUCGAGGGCAUCCUGCGCGAGCGGCAGUCGCUCUACGAGCACCUCGGGCAGAGCCCCGAGCAGGUGGGGGACGACGUCAAGGCCAGCGUGCGACUGACCAUCACCAUGACCAAGGGCUUGCUCGACGUCAUCCGCGUAAAUGAUGAACAACAUCAAGUCACACUCCGGCGAUUAAAGACGGAGAUUGUGAACAAAUUGAGGGAAUUCACCGAAGCCGCGAUGGGCUUCUUGCGAGACUAUGACGCCGCGGAGGAUCUGGAGCAGGCGCGCGCAGCAGUGCUGCCGGCGCUGGACGACCUCCUCCACGAGCUGCACGACGCGAGGGACUUCAUGCUCGACGCCGACAUGACCGACGAGGACACGAACGAGCGCGCCAUGGCCAACGCGGUGCCGACCGUCCGGCGCAUGUCCGAUUCCCCGAAGCCGCAGCUGGCGGUACCAGCAACCGUCUCGACCCCGCGCACAUCGAGCGAAGGCGCGACCUCGCAGCCUGAGGGACCCGGCGUGCUGACCGACCACGUCAGGAAACUCACCUCCUACGCCACCUUCACUCUUCCCGAACUCUUAUCGCUCGAGUGCGCCAUCCAGCUGGCCCACCGGCAUCGACCGAAGCAGGCCGGCAGCGCGAUCGACACGGUGAUGAAGCCCACCAUGAACCUCGUCGAGCAGCUCAUCGCCGCCGGCUUCGAGUUUAGCGACCUGCUCGCCCAAGUGCUCGCCCGGAAGCAGCGAGCGCUCUACAGGGACUCGCUGGAGGGCAAGUCCACUCGCCGCUCCAUGAUCGCACCUGUGUCGGUGGAGGCGCUGUUCAACGAGGCCGAGCUGAAGGACUUUGAGGAGGCCAUGCGCCGGGCGGCCAAGGUGGUCAAGAUCGAGUUGAACCUCCUCCUGUCGCAUCUCAAGACCCUCAAAGACGAACACGACAGCGCCGCAUCAGAACCUGCCGCACCACCCGCCCUGCCGCCGAGACCACCCGCCGAUCCGGCGGUCGUUGCCGAAGUUCAGACUGCGGUGAAAGAGAUCGUGCAGGUGACCCAACCGAUGCUGGAAUUCUGCAAGGCCGAGCCGGACGACUUCGAGCCCGGCCGACCGGAGGGCCACGAUCAGGCCACCGUCAGCCAGUUCUCCGCGCGCCUCGCCGACCUCCUGUCGCGGCUGCUGGUCCACGUCCCCGACGCCGCCGAGAAGCGGCUCAUCCUGCGGCAGGCCCUCGAGGUGGGCGAGGUCGUCAAGCGGUUCCGCGCCGACAAGACCCGGGGCGAGCUCCGGCACUACCUCGUCGAGGAGCAUCGCUUCCAGCAGGUCGUCCUCACCAUCCACCAGUUCCUCACCACCCUCAAACGCGUCUACGCUCUCCUGCGCGAUGGUCGACCAUAG